AUGGAGAAGAAUAAAAGCGAUAUAGAGGUUGCAGAAAACAAUCGUUUUCUUUUUAACAAACAAAGAGAUUGGUCUAGAAUAUAUUUUACCUUUUUAGUUUUUGUGUUAGGAAUAAAAACAGUAUUGUGUAUAUUAUUAUAUAUGUAUAAUAAUAUAUUAUUAUUUGUAGUGUUUUUAAUAUUAUGUGUAGUUUCUUUUUAUGGUCUUAUAGUUAAUACAAUAAAAUCUCUUAUAUUAUAUAUAUUAAUAUUAAGCAUAGUAUUGACAAGUAUUAGUCUGUCUUUUUAUAAUAUCAUAUAUAUAGAAUAUAUAUCUAAUGUUUUUGAACAUCCAUUUCUUUCGACCGUUUUAUAUUGUAUAUACCCUUUAAAUGUAAUGGAAUUAUUUGUAAGCAUAGCAUAUACAUGCUUAAAAAAAAAAAAAAAAGGAUAUAUAGAAAAACAACUAAAAGAAUUAAAAAUUGCAAUAGAUAAUACAAAUCAAGAAAAAGACCAAAAAAAAAAAAAUCAAGGAAAACUUUUAUCAUUACAAAUAGAUUUAGAAAAAAAUCAACUCAACACAUGUAAUAAAGAAUACAAAUAUUAUCUGACUCAUUAUAAAAAUAAAAAAUAUAUAUGCAUAGAAAAAAGAACAGACUAUUCUAGUGAUGAUGAGAUAUAUGCAAAAUAUUUACAAGAUAAAAUCAGCAACAACAAUUAUCAAGGAUAUGAUAAGUCUACAUUAAACGAUACAAGUAAUAUUAAUAUGUUAAAUGUAAAAAAAAAUAAAAAAAACGUAAAUCAUUCUAUAUCAUCUAAUAGUAUUCAACAAGAUUUGAGUUUUAUACAUUCCAGUAUUAAUAAAUAUGAAAAGAAAAAAGAAAAAGAAAAUAAAAGUAAAAAUAAAAGUAAAAGUAAAAGUACAAAUUAUAAUAAAAAUAAUAAAAACACCAAUAUAAAUGAUACUAUCAAAAAUGAUAACCAUAGCAACGAUGAUAAUAAUAAUAAUAAUAAUAAUAAUAAUAAGAAUGAUAUGAUUACACAAGUAUAUUAUAAUAAACCAAAUAUUGUUCAUCAGAACAAUAAUCAUAUGACCAAGAAUGAAAAUAAUACAAACAAACUAGAAACGGAUAAUUUAUUUAAUAAAACAAAUCCAGUGUCAUCACAUAAUACAUCUUCAUUUAUAUUAAAUGGUAAUAAUAUCAAUAAUCUUAUUAAUAAGGAUAUCUAUGGUAAUAUAUCUAAAAAAGAAGAACAUGAAAAAGAAAACGAUAAUAUUCUGAACACUUCCCUAUCAAAUAAUAACGAACAAAAUUGUAUUAUUGAAAAUUUUAUAGAAAAAAAUAUCAAUGUUUAUAGAAAAGAUAAUAUUCCUUAUAAUUCUUUUUCUCAAAAAGAAAAUCAAGAAGACAACAUAAAAAAAAAAAACGACACCCAAAAUAAUCAAUCAAAUGAUAUGAUCAAAAAUAAUUUUACAACUAAUAAUUUGUAUACUAGUAUUAUUAAAAUGCCCUUACAAAAUGAGAAUCAAAAAAAAACAGAAGAAAAAAAAAUUGAAAAUUACAACAUUGAUCUUACUUAUAAUAUAAACAAACAAGAACAAAUAAAAAAUUUUGUUAAAAGUAUAAAUGAAGAAUGUAAACAAGAGAAGAAAGAAGAAAAUCAAAUCGAAAAUGUGAACAUAAAAAAUAUAAAAUGCAAUAAUAAUUUUAUGACACAUACAAGUAAUAACUUGAAUGAUAAUGAAGAUACAAAGAAAAAGCAAAAAGAUAUAUUCUCACUUUUUUUAAAAAGUAAUGAUGACAAUAUGGCAAUUAAAGUCGAAACAAAUCAAAAUAAUAAUGAUAAUAUGGAUAAUAUGAAAAAUCAUACCAACAUAAAAACACAACAAACAAAUGAUAAUAUUAAUAAGAAUAAUUUUUUGAUAACAUCUAAUGAGAAAGAACAUAUUACAGAUGCAUCCUUGAAUAAAGAUAAUUAUUUUGAUAAGAAAAAUAAUUCUCAUAAUUUUAAUACCAUCAAUUUAUUAAAUAGUAAAACAUUUAUAGAAAAGGAUAUAUUUCAAAAUAAUAAUAUAUUUAAUUCUGAUAAAAAUAUAAAUCAAAAGGAUAUACAAAAUAUAAAAAAAAGUGAAGAAACAGAAAUUAAUAAUGAACAUACAUAUUCAAAUAUAUUUUCGAACCCAUUACAAGAAGCAACAAAAUAUUUAGAAGAAAAAAAUAAAAAAAGUGAGUAUUCUAAAAAAUUCCCUUUCUUUCUAAAUUUUACAAAUAAUGUAACAUCUAAUAGUCAUAAUAUGCAAGUACAAAAUGAUGGCAACAACAAAAAUAAUAAUAUUAACAACAAAAAUAAUAAUAAUAUCAAUAGUAAUAAUAAUAAAUGUAAUACAUUUGACCAUUUAACUACCACACCUUCAUCAAAAAAUAUUUUCUUUUCAAAUAAUACGUUUUUAAAUAUUAAACAAAACAAUGAUGAUAUUUUUAUAGAAAAUAAUAAAAACACAAAAAAAAUAAAAACAUUUAAUUCUGAACCGUAUUGGAAGAGGCUAGAAAAAAAAGAUAUCGAAGAAUUCAAACAUUCUGUUAAUAAAAAUUAUAUGGAAAAUAUAUCAAUUGAUGAUGUUCAUCAAAAAAAUGAACAGAAAGAAAAAAAUAUCUUGUCUAAUUCAAUUAUUUCAAAUAAUUUUACAACAUUUCUAAGUAUGAAAAAAAGUGAAUAUGAUCACAAAGAUAAAAAUCAAGAUAAUUUACAAGUAGAUAAAACAAAUAUUGAAGAACAGAAAAAUAAUAAUAUUCCUAUAAAUAUAAACAAUAAUAAUAAUGAUGAUGAUGAAAAGAAUUAUAAUGUGGACUCCCAUAAUAAUAUAGAAAAUACUCUUAAUGUGAAUAAUAUUAUCAAAGAAGAUAAUAAUAUAAAUAAUAUAAAUAAUAAUAGUAAUAAUGUGAUAAAUAUAAACCAUCUUAAUCUUCCAAAUAAUGAUAAUUUAAUAAAAGACAACUUUAAAGAUAAUCUUAAUAUAGAUAAACAAACAGAAAGAAAAUAUACAAAUGAAAAUACAGUAUCAUCAAAUAAUAAAACUAACAUAUCCUUGAAAAUAAAUACAAAUAAUCAGAACAUAUAUGAAACGAAUUCAAAUACUAUUUUUAAACAAAGAAAAUCUUUCUUUGAAAAUCUAAGAAAAGAAAAAUCUUCAAACAAUAUUAUUACAAAAUAUGAUGACAAAAAAAAUAUUAUUAAUAAUAAUAAUAUCAAUAAGAACGUCAGCAAUAGUAAUAAUAAUAAUUUACAAGACAAAGUACGUUCAAACUCUUCGUUGGAUGUUAAAAGAAAUGAAAGUUUUAAUGUAGAAAAAAAAUUUAGCUUAUCCUCAAAAAAUAAUAAUAAUAAUAAGGAAGAUGAACAAAUGAAUAAAAAAUAUAAUACCACAAAUAUAUCUGAACCAUUAAAAACUGGGAAACAUAUUGAAGAUAAUUUUUAUAUAAAAAAUGAUAGAAUGAUGAGUCCCUCAAAAAAAAUAGAACACAUCCAUAAUACAAAUAAUAAUAAUAAUAAUAAUAUAUAUACUAUCAAUAAUGAUAUAAUUGAAGAUAAUAAUAAAUUGUUAAAUGAAAAAGAACUACAUGUAGAAAAAAAAGAACUCUUAAACAAUAAUUAUGAUGAUAAUAUUAAUAAUAAAGUUAAAAAUAUCGAACAAAACAAUCUUAUCUUUUCUAAUAAGGAAAAUAUAAUGGAUAAUAUAUCUAGUAUAAUUCCAAAUGAGAAAAAAAUAUAUAAUUUAGAAAAAUUUAAAAAUACACAAUUAAUACAAGUAAAUAAUGUAACAUUAAAUAAUUUUAAUUCGACUAGUAAUUCAAAUAUUAUAAAUGACAAUAAAAAUAUAUGUUAUAAUGAUUUUGAAAAUAAAAAUAUAUUCUCAAAUAAAACAGAAGCGGCAAAUUUGGAUAAUCAUAAAAAUGUAUCAAGCAUGCUAUAUGAGAGUAGCACUGAUAAUUUAUUCGAAACAAAAAAAUUAACAGUAUUAAAAGAGGAUGUAAUAAAUGAUGACAUAAAAAAGGAAGAAGAACAAAAAAAAGACAUAAAAAAUGAUGUAAAAAAUGAUGACAUAAAAAAGGAAGAAGAACAAAAAAAAGACAUAAAAAAUGAUGUAAAAAAUGAUGACAUAAAAAAGGAAGAAGAACAAAAAAAAGACAUAAAAAAUGAUGUAAAAAAUUAUGACAUAAAAAAUGAUAAUGUAAAAAAUGAUGAUGUAAAAAAUGAAAAACGUCUCAAGCCAUUAAAUGAUACUAUUAAAAACGAAUGGAAAAUACCCCUAUUUAGUAACACGUUUAAUAAAUCAACCAUUAAUACAUUAGAAAGUGAAGAAAAUAAGAAUGACGACAAAGGUGUAGAAGAAAAAAAAAAAAACAAUAAUAAUGAAAAUGAAACAAACAUAUUUAAAGCAGAUAAUGAAACAUGUGAGCAGGACAUAAAUGAGAAUAUUAAUUUAUUAAAUAAAAAAAAUGAACAGAUAGAAGAAUUUCAAGAUGCUAUUGAACCUACCACCAAUGCAUAUAUAAAACAAGAUACUGAAAUAAUCGAACCAUUUUAUGAAUAUAAAAAACAAGAAACGGAAAAUAUGGAAGUAAAUAAAGAACAAACAAUACAAAUAGAAGUUAAAAAUAAUAAUGAUAUUAAGACAGAAGAAAAAGAUAUAUAUGCUUCAAAAGAUGAACAAAAUAUUAGUGAACAGGAAGAAUUACAAAAUGAUAAAAACAAAAUAAACAAUCCAUUUGACAAAAAUAUAAAAGAUGAUAACGAACAAAAUAAAAUAAUAAUAGAACCAUUGGAUGAAAAUAAAAAUAAUGAACAUGAAAAAAAAGAUAUGAAAGAAUCUGAACAAGUUAACAAAACAGAUAAACAAACAUUAAUCCUAAACAAUGAAGUAGAAUCAUCAGAAAUAUUAAGAGAAUCAAAAAUAGAGAAUCAAGAUAUAAAUACAUUAGAAAAUAAAGAAAUUGAAAUUUUAGAUAAUGAAAAAGAACAAAAUUUUAAUAAAGCAGAAACAAUUAAUGUUAAACAAAAUGAAACCAACAAGAAUAAAACCAACAAAAAAAAAAAAAAUAAAAAAAAAUAA